GGUUGGUUCUUGACGUGGGUGGACGAGAAAACAAUUAACAAAACAUUCGUUCUAACUUCUAACACGUGGAAUUUCUGAAUCUCUAAAACUUUCUUCUCCUUCAUUGCCUUUGACCCAAGUACCAACUCCACCGUCUGACCUCUUUUCUUACUGAAUCUUGAAGUUAUAGCAAAGAUGGUUGCCGGAAAGUCUCCGGGAACGCUUCCCUCCGGCUGGUCUGAGCAUAUCAAAGUUAAAAAGGGUCGGAAAAUCAAGCAUUAUGUAGACCCAGUCAGCGGAUAUUCUUUUCUUUCCAAAAUGGAUGCUCUGCGCUACGUGGAAACAGGUGACAUUGGGAAGUGUGUAAAAAAGCCUAAGAAAGAUGACUCUUUGUUGGGAGCUUAUAACAAAUCCAAUCACAUACAAGAAUCAUCUGGAAAUGAAGUGUCCGAAAAUGAGAAACCUACCAACAUCGAGAGUGAGGCCUCCAUACAGCCAACAUCUGGAAAUGAAGUGUCCAAUGCCCUUUCUUCUGUUGCGGUCAAAGACAAUGCAGUGGACGGCUUACCACCGGGUUGGGUUAAGGAAAUUAAAACGAGAGUACAUGCACAUGGCAUAAGACGGGACCCACUGUAUAUAGACCCUGUGAGCGGAUAUGUAUUUUUUUCCAAAAAGGAUGUUAUGCGCUAUGUAGAAACCGGUGAUAUUGGGAAGUGUUUAAUUAGGCCCAAGAAGAGGGAUUCUUUGUUAGAGUCCAAUAGCAAAUAUCAUUAUGCAGACCCAGUCAGCGGAUAUUCUUCUCUUCCCAAAAUGGAUGCUAUGCCCUACAUGGAAACGGGUGACAUUGGGAAGUGUGUAAAAAAGCCCAUGAAAGAUGACUCUUUGUUGGGAGCUUAUAACAAAUCCAAUCACAUACAAGAAUCAUCUGGAAAUGAAGUGUCCGAAAAUGAGAAACCUACCAACAUUGAGAGCGAGGCGUCCAUUCAGCCAACAUCUGGAUAUGAAGUGUCCGAAAAUGAGAAACCUACCGACAUUGAGAGCGAGGCCUCAAUUCAGCCAACAUCUGGAAAUGAAGUGUCCAAAACUGUUUCUUCUGCUGCGGUCAAAGACAAUGCAGUGGACGGGUUACCACCAGGUUGGGUUAAGGAAAUCAAAACGAGGGUACAUGCACAUGGCAUACGACGGGACCCACUGUAUAUAGACCCUGCGAGUGGAUAUGCAUUUUUUUCCAAAAAGGAUGUUAUGCGGUAUGUAGAAACCGGUGAUAUUGGGAAGUGUUUAAUGAGGCCCAAGAAAAGGGAUUCUUUGUCAGAAACCUGUAGCAAAUAUCAUUAUGCAGACCCAGUCAGCGAAUAUUCUUCUCUUCCCAAAAUGGAUGCUAUGCCCUACAUGGAAACGUGUGACAUUGGGAAGUGUGUAAAAAAGCCCAAGAAAGAUGACUCUUUGUUGGGAGCUUAUAACAAAUCCGAAUCAUCUAGAAAGGAAGUGUCUGAAAAUGAGAAACCUACCAACAUUGAGAGCGAGGCGUCCAUUCCGCCAACAUCUGGAAAUGAAGUGUCCGAAAAUGAGAAACCUACCGACAUUGAGAGCGAGGCCUCCAUUCAGCCAACAUCUGGAAAUGAAGUGUCCAAUACUGUUUCUUCUGUUGCGGUCAAAGACAAUGCAGUGGACGGGUUACCACCAGGUUGGGUUAAGGAAAUCAAAACGAGAGUACAUGCACAUGGCAUACGACGGGACCCAGUGUAUAUAGACCCUGUGAGUGGAUAUGUAUUUUUUUCCAAAAAGGAUGUUAUGCGGUAUGUAGAAACCGGUGAUAUUGGGAAGUGUUUAACGAGGCCCAAGAAAAGGGAUUCUUUGUCAGAGACCUAUCGCAAAUAUGAUUCCCCUUCAGCUACUAUGGGUAAGAUAACCAGGCAGAGUAUUUGUUCAAAUGAAGAGACCAGAGUUACUGAUUCGGGCAACGGUAGCACAUCCAGUCGGUUCUCAAAAAGACUUGCUGGGCACAACCCUGAAGAAGUGGCCGAUCUGGGUCUAGUAAGUGAACAGACUCUUCGGGUUGCUAUCAGAAACCAUGCUGGAACUGACACAGCAAACACAUCUUCUGCCCAAAUUCUAAACUAUCCACCCCGGCAUGUCCAUGAUCUCAGCAAUUCCGUUGGAUCUGAAAGAGAAGCAUCGCUGGUCCCUGCUUGUCAAGAUUUGCAGCCCGCCACAAAUUCUGGUGUGACCGAACCAGAUGAGACAGUGAAGGUAGAUAAACAUUCACCUGUAGCAGAGAACCAGGCAGUUUCAGAGGACCCGAAACCGAUAUUGGGAGAUGACUCAGAACCUAAGUAUCCGUUUGGGGACUGUUUGUCUGACCCAUGUUUCGAAUUCGCUUUUAAAACACUCACGGGGGCAAUACCUGUGGAGGACUUUAUACCUUGUGAGCGAGCGUCCCACAAAGAAUCAUACCCUCCACUGUCAGAAGCAUGUUUUGACCUCCCAAUAUUUGAUUCCUUUCCAAAUGAUAUGCCUUCCCGAUCUGCCCCGCCAGACAAGCACACCUCAAAGAAUCUAAUGACAGCAACUAGUCCUACUACUACUAAGGCUAAACCUUGACCCCCUCCCCAAAGGCAGUCAGGCUGCCUGUAAAUAAUGUAAUCAAUAAUCAAGAGUUAGAAAUAGUUCGUCUUUUGGAGCCACUACUAUUAGACCAUACUUACUAGGUCCUGGCUCCCGGGCUCUCACUUUUUGUGCGCGGGCCGGCAGGCGUCAGGCAGCAGGCCAGCAGGCAGCUGCUGCAGCAUCAGCAUCAUCAUCAUCAUCAUCUUACCCUGGUCCCUAUUUGAGAACUGAAGUGUAAUGAAGUAUAGCUAGGGGUGGACCGGUGGACUGGUUCCGGGCCGGGCUUGACCGGGCUUGACCGGGCUUUUUUUGGGGAAGUGAGGCCCGGAAACGGCCCGGGUAGCCAGCGGUUCCGGGUCGGGCCCGGGCCGGUUAAAUUGAUGCAUCUUAUUGAAUCCUUAUUUAUUUGUACUUGUAUAGAUGUUAAAGUUAUAUUACAAUAUAAUAAACUUUGGAUUACUUCACGCAAGUUGACCUUUUAGGAUGCAACUUUUGGUAUUAACAAUUCCCAAUAGAUAUGAUAUUCUCACAUUUAUUCUCAAAUUAAAAUACAA